AUGCAGAGCUAUUCCUUUGACUAUAUUUUAGAUCAAUUUAUUGGUUUUGGAAGAUAUUAACUACAAACAUUUGCUAAUAGUUGUGCCCUGUCUUGCAAUUUCGGAAAUUUGGCUUUGUUACUCAGUUUAUUAUUAAAGCUGUAUAAAUAAGAAUUGGAUAUCACUAUGAACAAAGUCAUUUUAUUGGCUGUGGUUCAUAGAAUAGGAAGUGCUUUGGCUGGAAUUUUCGUCAUGAAAUUUAAUAAUACUUUGGGAAGAAUAAAAAUUAUAAAAUAUUCAUUAUUAGUAUUGGCAUUUGCUUAAUUAUCUGCAUCAAUUGCUGA